GCAAACAUGGCCGUAGUAAGUAGACACUUGAGAAAUUAGAAGACUGAAUAUGUAAUCUGGUGGCAAGUGUUUACGUAUGUUUUAAGAGUGUAUAAUGACGAGUUAAGACUUGUGACGUGCAGUCUGCACACGUCACGGCCUCAUGUGCCUCACGAGAAGACUGCAACAAAAGACUGACUGUCAAGAAAUAGCCUGAGCGCAUCGUGCAAGACUGAGCAGGUUGGAAAGCAAAUAUGGCUGAGGCACGAGAGACAGUAGAAGCAGAAGCUGAUGCAGGAGCUAAGGCAUCUGCAGCAGAAUCAAAGGUGCUUGGAGCUGAGGAAGCGUCUGGCGAAGUGUUGGACACAUCAGUGUCCACCACCACUGGAGCAGCCACAUCUACCAUCAAAGUGCAGCAACAGCAGGAACCCCAGCCGCAGCUUCAGCACUUACCUAGUUACAGUCGUCAGAACCGCAACAUGAUGGAGAAACACCGUCGGGACAAGAUGAACGCUCACAUCAGCAACCUUGCCCUGCUAGUGCCAACUGUCGCGAAUUCUCCGAAGAAGAUGGACAAGACAAGCAUUUUGAGAUUGACCGCUGCAUUUCUUCGACUGCAUAAAUUUUUGACUGCUGACCCUGGUGAGACAAUUAAGGAGCUAGAGCUUCCAGAAUGCUUGAAGACCUACAACUUGUCACAGGCUUUGAUGGAGGUAAUGGAUGGAUUCAUGAUCAUUGUCUCGUGUACGGGGAACAUCUUGUUCGUCACGCACACCGUGGAGGCGUUACUUGGCCAUGCGCAGAGUUUCUUGAUGGGACAGAAACUGCACUCCAUCACUUUCCAUGAAGACCAUGAUGUGCUGAAUAAGAACUUAACACCUGACCCGGACCCCUCGUCAGCUGACCAUGAUGCUUCUGGUCAGUUAUCAGUUGGUGAUGACAGUAGCAGUUCUGGAGACACCUCCAGUUCAUCAUCACAGAGUGCUCACUCACCCCAGCAGCAGCCUUCAUCCAACCCCCCAGUGACAGCCAACACUGGCCACAGCACAUCUCCAGAGCAGCAGCGUCGGUCCUUCUACCUGCGGCUGAGCCAGCGAGCUGUUUCUCGCAGUGAGAUCACCCAGUAUGAGUUGGUCCAUGUGCUGGGACUCCUCAGAGUGCCACAGCGUCCCAACCGUGGGCUGUCUACACACUCCCGCACCCGCAGUCGUUCUCGUGAUAGUGGCAAUACAGGAUCAGGGGUCGACAUCGAUACUGUGCUGAUUGCAGUUGUCCGCAUGAUGCGUGAGAGAAGUGUUGCUGAUCGCUCACUGCUUGAGCCUACUAGAGAUGAAUACGUGACUCGCCACCUCCUUGAUGGCCGCAUCAUUUACAGUGACCACAGGAUCUCUGUGGUGUCAGGCUACAUGGCCGAGGAAAUUACAGGGGACUCAGCCUUUAAGUUCAUGCAUAAGGACGAUGUGCGGUUUACAAUUGUUGCACUCCGACAGAUGUAUGACCGUGGUAAAGCGACUUAUGGCAGAAGUUGCUACAGGCUCCUGUCCAAGACUGGCCAGUUCAUUUAUCUGCGUACUCAUGGCUAUCUUGAGUAUGACAAGGACACCCAGAAUAUUGUUUCCUUCAUCUGCAUCAAUACCCUUGUAUCAGAAGAAGAAGGAAUGCAACUUGUGCAAGAGAUGAAGUCUCGGUUCUCUGUCAACAUGUUGUCAUCCCGCCAGCAAGCAGCUCUUCCUGCUCCCCCUGAUGGCCCAUCCACCUCCAGUGCAACCCAAAACACUCUGGAAACAGACCUGUUGGAGGGAGCAAUUUCACAACUUAUUUCCAACAUCCCUGCACCAAGUGAAAGUCAAUGCAGAGAAGACGAGAAGUGUCCUGAGAUAUCUGAUAUCCAGUAUGUGAAGGCUGUGCGGUAUUCAAAGGCUCUUCCUCCAGCAACAGUGCAAGCAGCAAAAGUGGGCCUUGACCCACUUAUAUCAGCAUCUCGUGCGAGGCCUGUCUCACCUAUGAGGCCACUUACUGUUACCAUCCCUGAAGCACCUUCAAAGAUACCACCAGACUCUGACUGGUCUGCAGUGAAACGUGAAUCUGUUAUAACAUCCUUAGGCUCUUCUGUGAAGACAGAGUCUGUACCUCCACCCCCCCAGCAAUUGCCACCACAAAGACAUGAGACGGUACUGGUUAGUGCACAGAUGAAUCCACCUCGGAGUGUGACAGACUGCACAACAGGGUUGAGGGCACGAGUAAAUCCUGUGCUGAAGCGGACCAGCGAAAUUGCAGACUGUGAUGCGCAGAAUAGUUCUAAGCGUCAGCAUGUAAGCUAUUCUCGGCGAAGGGAAAGACGGCCCACAGAACCUCCAGCCCAACUCCAGCUCAAAAGCUCUUCAUUAGAAGAACCUAGAAGGACACCUGAUGAACAGCUUCGACUUCUCAUGAUGCGAGAGUCUUCAUAUACAAGUGCUCCUGCCAAUUCUCCCUUACACGGCAUUGCAAGGGAUUGCUCAGAACUCAGUGCUCUUAGUCCCUUGUCUCCCGCACUUGGUGGUGAUUUUGUUGCUCCUGAUUUCCAGCCCUCACCCGGAAACUUCACUGUAAAAAUUAAUCAGACUGUUGUUCAUAGCCCAAACCCCAGUUCCCCUGUUGCUCCCAUGAUGUAUGUACCGCUCAAUAUAACAGCUGGAAACCCCAGUCCAGGUCCACAGUCCCCCGCUCACAGCAGCAAUAGUAUGCUGGAGUUCACCCCAGCACAUCUUUUGAAUAGUGCCCACUCACCUUCUUCCCAACUCCCCACACAAGUGGCUUCAUUUAGUGUAGGUGUAGGAUAUGGAAGUCUUUUGGACAGCUUUGGUCCUCCAGAGUUACCUUCACCCCCUCAGUAUACCUCCAUCAACAGCUGUGGUGUAGGGCGGAGCAGUGUUAUGGCGGGAGGGGAGAUGAGCAGCAUGCUCAGUCCUGGUGAUUCUUUUUCGUCACUGGGAACACUGGACACCGACCUGGCUGAACUGCUGGCGGGUAACACCAGCAUGUUACUUCCUCCUACAGGUCAGCUGUUCGACGAUGCAGGGUUAAUAUCAGAGCAACCAUCAGUCAGCGAACAACUUCCUCUGGUUGAGCAGCGGCUGGUGCAGACUCACCGUGAGCUUGGUACCAAUCUGCAGCUGCAGAGACGAAACAUCAACCUGAUUGAGGAAGAUAUGAAUCAGUAUCCACUUAACAUCGCCAGCGAAGUGCUGAGACCCCAGAUCUCGCAAAUCAAGGCUCAGCAAAAGAAGCAGGAACAGGAACUGAUGACAUUGCAGCAGGAUCACCACAACAUGCACUGCAACAACAAGAAACUCACUGUGUGUAGGAUGAACCAGGAUGUUGGUGUGUAGACGGGAUGGCUUUGCAAGAUAACCAAAGUGUAUUGUUAAUGGCAUUGUCCAUUGAGGUGCUUGUUACCAAGUGAAAAUAAUGUGGCAACGUUGUGGGUUUGACACAUGACUGAGCUGCAUGCCGUAACUCAGGCAGCCAAGCUCAGGUUUGAAUUGUAAUGUGAGAUUGCAACUCUUUAAUGGACAGUAUGAAGUUGAAGAUAUUUGUUUGUAAAUUAUACCAUAUUUCAAGAAGACAAGUAUCUACAUAUAGCACAUUUUAUGAAAAAGCUAGCUGCAACUCUUUAAAUGUACUCUACCAAGAAAGUAGGCCAUUAAAUGCUGGCUCUAUGUUAAUGUGAUUCAUAUGUAUAUAUGUUUUUUUUGUCCCUGUCAUAGUUUAGAUACUACAAAAAAGCGGAAUAAAUCCUGAGACUAAGUCCUCCCUUCAGACAUAAUUGAAAUGAUGUUAGUAAUGAAAUAUUAAUAGUCCAUUUAAAUAAUCCAUAGAUAAUAACUACAUAGAAGGUUUAAUCAACAAAUAAUUCUAGGUGUAAAGCCAGUGGGUUCUGUCUCUGUCAGUAGGGUAUGGGAUCAAGUUUGGUAUAAAUGUGACUUGGAGAGGAUUUCCAAGUCAAUCGUGAAGUAUGAAAGCAGUGAAAAAUAUUAACAUCAGACUCUGAUAGGAGAAACCAAGGUCAGUUCUCUCAGAAAUAUUAUUUAUAAUAUGUUCACAGCAAGAAAGCAGAGUCAUGCUUCUGUGAAUCUGACACUAGUAAGUGGGUUCACAGGAAACUACUUUUUGCUGUACACCAGGUUUGAAAGCCUGUAGCUCGUUUAUUUCUUGGUAUAUUUUAAUGACUUGUGGUUCUAUUGAAAAGUGACCUGUUAGCCAUCAUGUAAAAUAAGAAUUUAUCUCAGUAAAUUUAUCCAUGUUCUUCUCCUUUUCUGAGCAUUAUGGUAUUUUUUUUACUGCUAGUGGGUUGGGACUAAGUCCCUUGUACUGCGGCCACUUCUGGCCUAUUGUACCAGC